AUGGCUCCAAAGGCCAAAGCAAAAGGGACUGCUGAGCACGGUAACCAAGGCCCUGAAGGGUGGCAAGGACCAACAAUUUUUUUGUCCCGCAUGGGUUCUGUGGAUGGCAAUUACCUGGAGCAAGACCCCACCACGGACGUCCAAGGGGACGCCAACGCCGAGAGCGCCCGUGGCCGCCAGUACCGAGAAACCCAAGGCACUGGGAGGAGAAUCGUUGUGCAAAGCCAGGCAGAUGACCGUGGUGCCGGUGGUGCCUCGAAAGAGCGACACAAGAAGCUGGACUCGUUGGAUCUCCUUCCCUCCAAGGGUGAGAGAGAGCCCUUGCAUGUGCCCAAGCUCCUGCGUAGCCGCAGCAGUCCACCGAAGGCACCCAGCGGGCCAAGCACCUUCGGCUCGAGCAAGGAAGAUAACGAGACUGUCGCUGGCUGGGUGGAACAUGACACGAAAAUCCGCAACGCCAUGCCUCUGAAUCCCACGGCUGAGGACCUCAGCUGUGAGAAGGCGCUGCCGCUGCACCCCGCCGCUGAAGCGGCGCUGAGCCGCGGCAAGAAGCGGCGAGGUGUGAAGAGGUAUGCCGGUAUCGGUGCCCAGUCCUCUCGCGUGGACCAGGUGGUCUUCGGAAGGGACCUGGACUUCACCACCACUGGGGAUGAUUCGGAUCUCAAGGCUUACGAAGGAAGUGCUGGUCUUCCUUCCCACUUUCACAUGAAAGCAGGUGGUGUGAAGAAGAUCGAGACACCAAAGGACAGCGCUUUGAUUCACACGCCUUUGGGGGUCACGGCCGAGGCCAAGCAGGAAGAGAAUCGUCGGAAGGAGUUUCGUCGUCCUGCCACAGCUUAUGUGGCUCAGGGGUGGCCGAAAAAUUUUGUCAUGGGCCUUGCCAGCCAUCCAGCUUUGUCCCCCUUCCACAGCCCUGGCAUGGCAGAGGUGUUUGGCCACGAUGAAGGAGGCCCCAUGGAGGACCCAGCUAGGAGUCCCAUCCACCAUGGAGCUGCGGGGGCACGUCCAUUCAGAUCGCCCAAAGUGAGACCACAG